AGAGACUCUCUUUGUUUCCUUCUCCUCCAGAAGCCCCACCAGAAAUUUUCCCCCUAUCCUGCGUAGCGAAACCCUAGCCGCCACGCCAAAACCAAAUCCCGCCGCGCCCAAAAUUUUCCGGCGGGCUCUUCGGCGCGAAUCGGUCGAUUACGAGCGAUUCGCGGUCGAUUACGCCGGCUUUGCCGCCAACCCUUGUGAUCUCUCGGCGGGGUAGAGCGCGGUCGCCCGUCGGCCAUGUCGAGGUGCUUCCCCUACCCGCCGCCGGGGUACGUGCGAAACCCAGUGGCCGUGGCCGAGGCGGAGACGACCGCUAAGCUCCAGAAAGAAAGUGUAAAGGUUGAAAAGAAGAAAGAGAAACGGAGUGUCAAGAAAGCUCUCCAGCAGGGUGAGACAUCUAAACAUUCAAAGCACAGCCAUAAGAAGAGAAAGCAUGAAGAUGCCAGCACUGCUGGUCAGGAGCCCAAAAAGGUCUCCAAAGAAUCACUUGAGCAGUCGGAGAAGAGUGGACUCUCAGAAGAGCGUGGAGCUCCUUGUUUUAUACAGACUGUGCGUGACUCUCCUGAGAGCUCACAUGACAGCAGCAAGAGAAGAAAGGUUGUCCUGCCCAGUCCUAGCCAAGCUAAGAAUGGGAACAUUGUCCGCAUCAAGUUUAAAAGCAAUCAGGACUCCCAAGCUGUAUUGGAGAAACCCAGGGUUCUUGAGCAACCAUCUGUCCAACAAAUGGGAUCGGGUUCCCUGUUGAGCAAGCAAAAUUCAAUCCUGCAUCACAAUAAAGUGAAUGUAAGAUCAGCAGCUGCACAGCAAGCAGUACAAAAACGAGUGAUAACAGAGCACCCUGCAAAACCCAUGCAGAGAGUUGUGUCCCAGCCUGCAGUGAAGGUCACACAACCGGUUGAGUUAUCUGUGAAGGCACCGGUCAGUAGAUCUGACCUCCUACCUCCGAAAUUUUUGGGAAGAGUGGAGCCUUCACCUUCGAGAGCUAUGGGAAGAUCUGAUCCUCAACCUGUCAAGAUGACCCAGAGAGCUCAACAUCCACCUGCUAGGGAUUUGCUGAAAGGUCCUCAGGUUCCAUCUGAGGAGAUUCAAAGAAAAAGCCCUGCAAUUAGUACAAAGGUGGCCCAGAAGGAAUUCAGAUCUGCUGUUCAAUUUCCUGAAGCCCCUCAGCUUCCUGCUCUGCAAAAACCGAAGGAACCGCCUGUCAUCAAGCAGCAACAGGAGCCAGUCAUCUCUGUGCCCAAAGAAGAGCCUUGCUUUUCUGGUAGGAAUGCGGAAGCUGCUCCAGUGCAGGAAGCGAGGCUGUCCCGGUCAGAUAAAAAGAAAAUCCGCAAGGCUGAGAAGAAAGAGAAGAAGUUCAGUGAUCUGUUUGUUACCUGGAAUCCUGUUUCGUUACAGAUGGAAGGUUCAGAUCUUGGUGAGCAAGACUGGCUGCUUGGCAGUACAAGGAACACUGAUGCCAGCAUGACCUGCAGAGCAAGUGAUUUUUCAGUACCCUUUCAAUCGAUGGAGCAGCAGCCUUCGUUGCAGCCCAGGGCGACCUUUUUGCCGGACCUCCAUAUCUACCAGUUGCCAUAUGUUAUCCCAUUUUAAACGUGUGGUGAGGUAGAUGAGAAGUAGAAAAGAUGUUGGGAGAGAGCUGUGUGGAUGUGGGAGAUAAAGGUUCCCUGCCGCAGUUUUCCAGCUUUGUUCCCGAGUGUUUCUUCGUUUGAGGACAAUUGUGCUAAUGCAAACUUACUGUAUUGGUGGUGGAUUCCUUUGCUCAUUUAUGUAAUCUGUUGAGCUGCAAGUGACCUAAUUCAUGGCAGUUACGGUUGCAUGAUUUGUUCCA